UGUACAUAUUACUACAGCUGGCAUUUAAACAGAACAACAAAGAGUUCAUUAAAAAAAAAAUGCGAUUAUUAAUUUAUAAAUCUGAUUAAAAUGUAUAUGUUGCAAGGAUUGUUAUCAUCACUUAAUAAGCAGUAUCAGUUACACAAACGCUGAUAAAACGUGUUGUGGUCAGGAAAUUUAUCAAUUUUCUCUUAGCUGUAUAACACGGAACAAGUAUUUUUAAAUUGGUAUAUACGAUUAUUAUGUUUAUCUAUGUGUACUUCCUUGGAUUAAUAUCAAUCAUAAGAGCCUACCAGGCAGUAAACAAUACAGAAAGAGAUUUGGUAUUAAAAGAGCUCUUGAAGAAUUAUAAUUCUGCUGUGCCACCAAAUUAUAAUGACGAUGAACAAUUGAGAGUUGAAAUACAAGUCUACAUUUUGAGCAUCGAUUCCAUCAGUGAUUCAUCUAAGGAUUAUGGGUUAAGUUUUUUUCUGCGGCAAAGAUGGAAUGAUUCUCGUCUGAUACAUGAUCCGAAACUCGGCACAUUUCAACUCAGCAAAAAAUCCAUGAAUAAAGUAUGGGUACCAGAAUUAUUUAUUUUAAAUGAAAAACGUGCAGCCCUUCACAGAGUGUCUACGCCGGAUAAGCUAUUGCAUAUCAAACCUGAUGGACUAAUGUAUUACAGCACCAGAAUAUCUGGAACAUUUUCUUGUGAUGUAGAUUUGUUGAGAUAUCCUCUGGACCAUCAAAUGUGUCCUUUAACUAUUGAAAGUUAUGGAUAUACGUCAGAGACACUUGAUUUACAAUGGUAUAAGGAACCAGUAGAGGAGAAAGACGAUAUAAUUUUGUCUCAAUUCAGUCUUGGCUGUGCGAAAACCAUCAAAUGUGAUAAAGUAUAUGCAGGAUUAAAGUUCUCAUGUGUUCAAAUGAAUAUUAAACUUGAUCGUCUGUACGAUUACUACCUGAUUCAGACAUAUAUACCAACAACUCUCAUCGUCAUCCUGUCAUGGGUUUCUUUCUGGAUCAGCAUUGAUGCUACUCCUGCAAGGAUAUCACUGGGACUACUUACAGUGCUCACCAUGACGACACAGAACACGGGAUUACCAAAAGUUUCAUAUUUCAAAGCAAUUGAUGUUUGGAUGGUUUCUUGUAUGUUCUUUGUGUUUGCAGCAUUGAUUGAGUUUGCUUAUGUGAACGUUUUGUCAAGAGUGCGACUGCGCAGGCAAGAAUCUGUGGCAGACAAUGGUGGUUAUGAUAAUGAUCAAAGUCCAAGAAAAAGAGUCCCGUCAAAGAACGAAUAUCAUGGAUGCAGGUUCAACAUAUGCUUUCAGAAUAUGGCAAAUAGAGAAAAGGCACGGAACGUGGACAGAAUAUCACGAAUUAUGUUUCCUUUAUUUUUUAUAUUGUUUAAUUUGUUUUACUGGAUUAUUUAUCUGUUUGUCUUAAAAACUAAAGCAGACGUACAGCCAUGUUGAAAGAUAAGAAUGCUAUUUUCAAUUGUAUAAUU